AUGAUAGAUGCUGAUAUUGAUACUAACAUUGAUCAAGCAGUUGCUUAUGCAACUUCUUGCGCAAAAGACAAAGAGACUGUAGAUAACAACGAAAUUGAGGAAGAUGAUGAUAAUCAUCGUGAAAAUAAGUCAAAAACGGUGCAUGACAUAUCAAAGAAAGUGAAGAUUGUUCAAGAAAAGACAAAAGCGAAAACUAUGGAAAUAGUGAAGAACAUUGAAAAUGCUAGAUCGAAGAGACGACCUAAACCGUCAAAGAAAGUGUUGGAGAAUCUGAAAGAUCAAAAGAAAAGAAAAAGACCAAAAGAAUCCAAAAGAUAA